AAUUGUUUUUCUUCGGCUUAACGCAUCACACCUUUUCAAUAGACAUAUUUAUUGUGAACAAUGUUGUGCUCAAUUGGCUUUCAAAACCCGCUAAUUACUAAAUGUCACUAACUAGCCGAGUGUCGCCGGCGUAUGCAGAUCCUCGGGAACUUGUUCAUACACCUGCUCGGGGGCGGAAGUUUUUUCGGUACGUGAGGCAAGACAUUAACUCCUGGGAAGUUUUUCUGACCGUUCUCACCUUAACGCGCCAUGUAACAGAUAGAUUACAUCUCUAUAUUUUUAUGGACGCUUAUUUUUUUGCGCGCGGUAAAAAAUAGCCGGUUAUUACAGCCCAAUGUUAACAGCCCCUCGACAGCGACGACGAACGGAAACCUGCAAUAAACAAUUAAGCGACGAUAUGUGGAAAUUGGUUCUGCGAAGCAAUAUUUUAAACUUUGUGACAAGAGAUAAAAUAUCCAUGUAACGCCACUCUGUUGCAACACUUUUCUCGAAUCAUGCUGGCUUUGGCCGUUUUCCUUACUGGGAUAUCUCGUGGUGUUUUUGGGACGAAGGAUUUGUAUUUCGGUGCGUUCUUCGCCAUUGACUUGAGUGCAGCAGGCUGGCGCUCGGCUGGUAUGAUCCCGGGUGUCGAGAUGGCUGUCGACGACAUUAAUAACAGUUCCGAAGUACUUCGCGACUACCGUCUCAUCCUCCUAGCCAAGGACACGAGGUGUCAGAGCAGUUACGGGUUGAAGCAGCUGAUUGAUCUCGUCCAGGACAGCACCACCCUGUCGCGCUUCUUGGCGGAGGGUGCUCCAGGGCAACAGAGUCGAUCGCUGAGGCUUCACAGUACUGGAGUCUACUCCAGGUAUUUCAAGAUUGGUUUCGGAGCUGAAUCCAGUGCCUUGUCAGAUAAAUCGACCUUUCCCUUAUUUCUACGGACAAAUCAACCAGAACACAGUUACAAUCCAGCCAAAAUCCACCUAAUGGGACUUUUUAGGUGGUCACGAGUCGCCACGCUACACAGUGACGAGUUAUUUUUUUCAUCGACCAUGUAUGACCUGUUUCGACUUCUUGAGCGAGCUAACAUCAGUCGUGUUGUGUCCGAAUCAUUUGACAAGUCCCUGGAAACCCAGAUUUCUAGCAUUAAGAAAUCCGAUGCGAGAAUAAUUUUGGGAUUGUUCUUUGAAGAGCAGGCAAGGAAGGUGUUUUGCGAGGCGUACAAACAGGGCAUCUAUGGCCCCAAGUAUCAGUGGCUAAUUCCCGGGUGGUACGAUAACCGCUGGUGGGUGGUCAAAGAUCCAGACGUUGAUUGUACUCCAACCCAGUUGAGGGCCGCUUUCGGUAACUAUAUUUCCACGGCUGAGCCCACGGAGCCUUAUGACUGGAAUGCAGCGGUUAUCAGCGGUAAGGUAAGAGUCUUAAUGCACAGCUUCCCAGCAGUACAACAUAGGUCACAAGCAAGCGAAGUCCGUGACAAUUACCUGACUCGCGUCAACCAGUCAGACUUCAGCUUUCACUUGUAUUACCCGUUCGGCUAUGACUCGACGUGGGCUAUGGCCCUGACCCUCAAUGCUUCACUGUCCCCUCUUCGCGCCAUGGGGAAGAGCCUGGAGUCCUUCUCUUACGGUGAUAAUGAAACAGCAGACCUGUUCAAGCGAAUUUUGUGGAACACAACCUUCAAUGGCCUUACGGUGUGUGGCAAAGUUCGAUUUGAUGAAAACGGAGACCGUAUUGGAAUAACGCAUAUUUUGCAACUUCAAGGCGAGCAGCUGGUUCUCGUAGCGACAUUUGAUACUCAUGACAACAAACUAAUAUUCAGUGAAAAGCACUCUUUCUACUGGCCAGGUGGAUCACCUACUAAGGACCGUAUUGACGUUGAGGACAUGAUGUUUAGUGUCGACGCUCGACUAUUCAUCGUUGUAACUGUCUUCUCGUUCCUGGGAAUUAGCUUCGCUGCCGUUUGUUUGUCUUUCAAUAUUUAUUUUCGCGAGCAGAGGAUUGUUAAGAUGAGUAGCCCAAGACUGGGUGGGAUCACGAUGUAUGUAGCGGUGGUGGUGUUUGGUGUUGAUGGUGAGAUGGUUACUGAGCAGCAAGGGACGAUUUUGUGCCAGGUAAAGAUGUGGCUGGCUUCCUUCGGUUUCACUCUACUUUACGGUGCACUGUUCGCAAAGACGUGGAGAGUGUAUGUCAUAUUUUCGAGGCGCACGGAGAGACAGGUGAUCCGCGAUGGCAAACUCUGUAGCAUCGUGACGGCUCUCGUGCUUCUAGACGUUCUUGUCCUGUCGGUUUGGCAAAUAGUGGACCCUCUACACAUCACUCACCACUAUUUUAACCAAGUGGAUGAUGAUGGGUACCUGGCUACGAGAUCAUACGUCCAGUUAUGCUCCUGCGAUUACUCCCUCGUAUGGCUAGGUGUGGUAUACGUAUACAAAGGUUUACUACUUUUGUUUGGCGCAUUCCUCGCGUGGGAGACACGCAAUGUCACGUUUGCUGCUCUUAAUGACUCGCGCCACAUCGCCAUAUCCGUGUACACGGUGCUGCUGGCGUCAGUGGUUGGCAUCCCUGUGGUGCUCUUUACAAAUCAGUUUCCCAACUGGAGUUUCGCGCUCACGGCGCUCAUCGUCCUGGCCUGCACCUCUCUUACAUUGGCGCUUGUGUCCGUUCCUAAGAUGAGGGCGUUAAGAAACAUCCCCGGAACCUGUCAGUUAGCAACAAGCAGCAAGUCAACCCAACCAGAAAAGCCGACCUUGCCCUCCAAGAAAACCGACCACCGGCAAGCUACUGCUGUAAACCCUGACUCGGCGAGUCCACGAAUGUCCCUGCAUCGUGUAAAAAGUACCCAGAAUACGCCACUGUAGCUGGCAGCAAUACCCAGAAUACAAUACUGUAACCUACAUAACGUCACACAAGUUUCGUGAGAAAUACCCAAAAUACACUAUUUGGCACCUUUGGAAAAUACUGACGCGGAGGAGUGGGGCGAGCGAGAAGGUCAACCAAUUAGAAUACAGCAUUAAUGUGAUUGACCAGUACGUUAUAUUCCUAUCACUGCUACCUUACCAAGAAUUCAUAUUACAUCGUGUUGCAAUACAACACAUAACUUGCAAUACCGCAUAAACCCUAUGACUUGCAAUUUAUCGAGUAUUCAAGUGUCUGAUUUCACCAUGUAUGUGAUAUUUCUUGUGCAUAUCAUAUCUUAAAUGUAGAGUGGUGGAAAGGACAGCUCCUUGGUGGGUUGUAACCUAGAAACAAUGCAAAGAUACAAAAGAAAUCUAAAUUUGUGUCCAGAGCUAUGACAUGUCAACCCAAGUUUCUCAUAGAUCUACAUACCAGUUUUGCUCACUCCACACGGCAUCCUGCUCAACCACGUGGAAUGUAUAGGCAUGUCUGGAUUUGCUGGACUUGUUUGGAAAACUCCUGUGAAGCACUGACCCGUGAAUGAUAACAAGAGCACCUAAAGGAAGAUGAUACAUUAACAUGACAUAAAUCCACCUCCCAAAAAGACAUUUAAAAGCAAAUAGUCUGUCGCCCCACUCACCUGACAAAAAAUGGCCAAAGCUUUCACCACCGAUACUAAUAUUGAUAUUGUCUUAGCUAGACCUAUAUGUAUUUACCACAUCCUUCUAUACAUGAGCAUUGAGUAGUGUAUAGCAUUACCUUUGUUAGUGCAGAGAGGUACUGAUUUUGAGUCAUCAUACUCCUCAUCAGGUCCAAUGUGGGAAACCAGACGUCCCUCGGAUUCUAGACUUCGGACCAUUCUCCUUUCUAUCUUCUCCACUAAUAAAAUAAAAUGUAAUAAAUAAAAUAAAUGUAAUAAAAGUUAGCCAGUGGAUGUUAA